CAAAUAAAAGCAAAGCCAGAUCUAGUUGUGUGCAAGAAGACUAUUUUAAAACUUUUUAUUUGAAAAUUUUGUUCAAAAUGAGCCGCGAUAACGAUGCUAGAGUAUUCCUUGGUCGUCUGCCUUACCGAAUUCGUGAAAGCGACAUCGAGCGCUUCUUUAAAGGCUACGGAAGAAUUCGUGAUAUCAAUGUGAAGACCGGCUUCGCGUUUGUUGCAUUUGAAGAUUACAGAGAUGCUGAUGAUGCUGUUCAUGAUCUUAAUAACAAGGACUUGUUGGGUGAAAGAGUGACAGUUGAGCACGCAAAACCAGACAGAUCUCGAGGAUAUCGAGGUGGUGGUGGCAGCAGCUAUGGUGGUGAUAGAAGGGACUAUGGCAGGAGAGAUGGUGGCAAUAGUUUCCGUGACAGCAGGUAUGGUGCACCAUAUAACACUGAAUGGAGGGUGAUUGUUGACAACUUGUCAACCAGAGCUGGCUGGCAGGACUUGAAAGAUUAUAUGAGGCAAGCUGGUGAAGUGACAUUUACUCAAUGCCACAAAGAUCGUGCUGGACAAGGGGUUGUAGAUUUCGCCUGCGAGGAAGAUAUGAAGAAAGCGAUAAAAAAACUCGACGGAACUGAACUUAUGGGAAGACGCCUACGAUUAUCUGAGGGUCGCGGUGUCAGCGGUGGAGGUCGCAGGCGCUCCCGAUCUCGUUCACCAAGGAGGCUAUCCCGUUCCCCCCGUCGCAGCCAAUCACGCUCACCAAGACGAUCUCGGUCCCAAUCCCCUCGCCGUCAAUCCAGAUCACCCUCACCCAACCGGGGCUCCCCCACAGGAUCCCCACGACGUUCCGCGUCCCCUCAGAACCACGAUGACGCGGGAAUUUAAGAAAAGACUAUUUAAUUCUGUCAUAGGUUACAUAAAGACCACACUGUAAAAUUUCUUAUGGUUUACGCCUCGCACGAAACGAACAUUUUUAAUGUUCUUUUCUCGUACAUUCAUUCCUCCUGAAAUAGACGUGGAUGAAUUGUUAUGGUACGAAAGUUUUAACUCGAAAGCACGCUUAGUUAACGCAUUCCGUAUGUGUGUAUUGCAUGUCCGUAUUUUUAUUCUUCUAGACUGUUAUUCAUUGUCUUUCAAAUAAAUAUAUUAAAUAUUUGCCGAUAUAUAUUGUCCUUUGUUUUUAGUUC